GUCUUGGCGCUGGAAUCUCGGCUGACCAGCAGCUCUUCAGUUGUGGAGGCCAUGCAUGUCUGCAGAAGGCACUGGGCUCCCACGUGAAGCUGUGAGCCCCCCAACAAUGCACCAGCUUUGAUGAUGACAGCUGCUCUGGAAUAUAAAUCCGGCUGGUGGUGGUAGCUUAGGAGAAUACCUCCUUUUUAUUAACGGAAACCCAGAUAAACAGCAACUCAAAUUCAGCAGGCGCUACAAACAAAACAAAAGGACACUAUUGCAGUGCGAUCAGUGGUAACUCCGGGACCAUGAAAAAAAUCAAGGCGCCUCUUUCGGAAAGCGGGCGGGACAUUUACGAGUUUUCUGUGGAGGGGGGGGAUCCGAGGAUCUUCCUUGGGGGGGGCAGGGUGGUUUCGGAUUGCGUCCGGACCGGGUUUGAUCAGCCAGGGCAUUUGGGGAUCCACCCCAGCAGGAGUCCCGCCCUCGUCCCGUCGCUGGAUCUCGUGGACUCGCAGAAGAAGAAACGCAAGCGGUGCGGGGUCUGCGUGCCCUGCCUGCGCCGGGAGAAUUGCGGCAGCUGCAACAGCUGCCUCAACCGCAAGACUGGCCACCAGAUCUGCAAGCUGCGGAAAUGCGACGCACUGAAGAAGAAAGCGCAAUAA